AUGGAGAUGUCUGGUCGAUCCAGCAGUGGUAGCGACAGCUCUUUUGACAUUGAUGAGCUAUUGCAAUUCAGGACCAGGUGUAGAGAGCUAAGGAAGGAAAAGGAUAUUUUGAUAGAAUCUCAACCAGAAAGCUUUGAACUGAUCAGAAGACUGGAGCUGCAUGUGAGAACAUUGUCCGAAGCCCGCACAGAAGACAAGAAACGUAUCCAGGAGUUGGAAAGAGAGCUGAGUAAUUGCUUCCAAGAAAUAGAUUAUCUGCAGGAUCAACUGAACACAAGGAACACAGACAUGGAAGAUCUAGAGCAAAAGGUUGGCGGGUUAAUGGAGGUGUUGAAGAGGUCCAAUUCGGAACGUUUGUGUUUGAUGCAGGAAUUAGAGAACCAAGAACUGGAGCUGAAGAAUUCAACUUUGUGCAUAAGGAAACUAGAGGAAUCGAUUUCAUCUGUUGCAUUAGAAUACCAAUGUGAAAUAGAGAGCAUGAAGCUUGAUUUGACGGCCUUGGAGCAGAGUUGUUUUGAGGCUAAGAAAUUGGAGGAAGAAAGUGCUCAAGAAAAAGCUAGUCUGAAUGAGUUGAUUCAUGAUUUUGAAUGUAGAAUCGAGGACGCACAUAAGGUUAUUGAAUGCUUAGAUAAGGAAAAUAAAGAAUUGAGGGAGAAGCUUCAAACAUAUGAAAUGAAUGUGACCGUAUGUUGUCAAAAGGUCGCAGAGCAAUUUCAAGGAAUGCUGGGAAGCAAUGAUCCCCAGUCCUUGUCAAAUAAGUUAGAGAAAGAUACAAGAAGUGCUUGUGGCAACGUGCUGGGUCCACUACUUACAAGAUUGAAGGUUGUAGGAGCAUCUGAUGCAGAUUUGAAGGAGAAUAUGGAGAAAAUGUCACUUCAAAUGCAUGAAUAUGAACUUCUUGUGAGGCAGCUUAAGGAUGAAUUGAGUGAGGAAAAGCUAAAGGCAAAGGAAGAAGCAGAGGAUUUAGCUCAAGAAAUGGUUGAGCUAAGGUACCAAAUAACAAGUUUGCUUGAAGAAGAGUGCAAGCGUCGUGCUUUUGUUGAACAAAUAUCUCUACAGAGAAUAGCAGAGUUAGAGGCUCAGAUUGAAAAGGAACAGAGAAAAUCCUUCACAGAAAAAGACCAAAGACAAGGUGUCAUUGCUGCCAGGCAUAUCCAUGAAGCAUAA